CCGUGGAUGCCGUGGUUUAACCGUGGUUUAACCGUGGUCGUGCCGUGGUCGACCGUGGUUUAACCCUAAACCUCACAAACUGUUUAUUUAUUGUUUAUAAUUUUACAAAUUCUGAAAAAAGAAAAAUAUUUUUUAUUUUUGUGUAUACAGAGAGUAGAUUAUGUCUUUACGAACAUCGAAAGACGUUGAUCCUAUCAAAAAUGAAAGGGCAGGCAAUGUACGAGAAGUAGGUUCACAUGCAAUUUGGAGUCUUUCUUCUUGUAAACCAGGCUUUGGCGUUGAUCAAUUGAGAGAUAAUAGGGCUGAUACAUAUUGGCAGUCAGAUGGCCAACUGCCGCACCUCGUUAAUAUUCAAUUUCAGAAAAAGACUACAAUAAGUGAUAUUUAUAUUUAUACUGAUUACAAACUAGAUGAAAGUUAUACGCCUAGCAGAAUAUCAAUAAGAGUAGGGACACACUUUAAUGAUAUUCAAGAAAUUGAAGUAGUGCCAUUAGUAGAACCAUCUGGAUGGGUGCAUGUCCCAAUUAGAGAUAUACGUGACAGACCAAUUAGAGUAUUUAUGAUACAGAUAGCUGUAACUAGCAAUCAUCAGAAUGGCAGAGACACUCAUAUGAGGCAAAUAAGACUCCACAGUCCAAUAGAAAAUCCUGGUUUAAGUGUAGAAAAUUUCACUAAUUUCUCAACUGUAGAAUUUCAACAGUUUGCAACAAUUAGAUGAAAUAUUUGGAGAUUCAUUUUGUAAAUAAGUCAGAAAAAAGUAUGUGUUAAUAAAAUAUUUCAUUUAUUAUUA